GUACCCCCUAAGUCCCCAUUUCCCCCUCUCCCCAGCCCCUGGCCACCACCAUUGUACUUUCUGUCUGCAAUUUUGACUAGGUACCCCCUGACCUUUUAAAUGUCUGAUUCCACAGGCUCUGUCCUUCUUACUCAGCCGUUUCUAGAUCACCUCAUCUACUCGUAAGACUUUGAAUACUUGGCACUGCAUGACUCCCAACAUUUUUUCUUAUCCCUUGACAAUUUUAUAAUUAUUGAAAGAGCUCUUUUAGCCUUAAACAUAGGUUUUUAAAAAAUCAUGUAUUGCUCUUGUGAAUAUACACAAAAUUAACUGGUUAAUGUUUUCCCCAAACUUCUUCACAUUAGCAUUGUGACUUUCCACUUGGAGUCAUUGAUGUCUGCUCUUUCCGCCUAAGAUUGCCUUCUCUACCUUCAAGGGCGUUGCUCUUCCAGCAUUUCUUCAAAGAGCCCAUAAAAGAAUUAAAAGCCAUCAGCACUGGGCUCUUAAGCUGCCCAUGCAUUUAUGUAGAGCUAGCCUGCUUUAAAAAAAUACUUUUAACACAUGCAAAAAGUAUAAUUCGUAAGUGUACAGCCUGAUGAAUUGUCCAAAAUGAACAUAGCCAUGUAAACACUACCCAGCUCGAGAAAUAGAACUUGAUCAGCAUCCCGGAAGCCACUCUCCUGCUCCUUCCUGAGUCUUACCCACCCCGUGAGGGAACUCUAUCCUUCUGUGCAUAGAUUAGUUUUGCAUUUUUUGAACUUUGUAUAAUAGAGUCAUAUACUAAGCAUUCGUGACACGAAAACUUUGUGUAGUCAGAGCUGCCCUGUGCAAAGAUGAAGAGGACUGAGCACCGUAUCAGGGAAAGUGCAAACGCCUUGCCCCCUAAUACAUAAGCACAGGCUAGUCUCAUUGCUGCGUCAUAAUGCAUCAGAUGAGGAUCGGGACUGCCCAGUCCAGGGAGCCUCCGUGUCUGUGGUCAGCUGGCUAAAGCCUCAUAUCAGAUUACCCUUGUGUUAAUAACUUGUGGGGCACAGAAAAAGAAGCAUUUUCACCUAUCAUAUAGGCAAAAAAUUAAAAUAGGGAUCAUACCUAAUGCUGGGGAGGGUGUGAGGAAAAGGACACUUCCAUUUACUAUUGUGAAAGUAUGUGAUAUAAUUUCGAGGGCAAUUGGCUAAUACCUAGGAAACUUUUAAAAGUUCAUACUUUUUGGCCAGCAAACCCACUUCUAGAAAUCUGUCCUGCAGAAAUGGUUGCGGCAGCCUUGUGCUGUGCCUCAAUUUCCUCAUUUCUAAAACGGGACGACAGUCCUACCUCAGGUUUCUGUGACACGCACGCACACAAUGCCUGGUACUUAGUGUUAACCCUCGCCUUUGUUUUGGUUCAUUGGGACUGUUUAUUUGCCGUUUCCCCAAAAAGCCAAUAAACCUCCAAAUUUCUAAUUUACUCCUACCAAAUAACAUCCUUCUCAGGGAGAUGAAACGGGAUUAGCGUUUGUCUAAGUGUGAUCCCCAGGAGGCUUGUUAAAACGCAGGUUUCUGGGCCACCCUAAACCCACGGCACAGAAUUACUGCGGAAGCAGUCCGACUCCGCACCUCAACAGUUUCCUAGGGGUUUCUCAAGUCCACUCAGUCUCGGCCCCGCCGACUUGGCUGAAGGCGGGGAGGACGGCCGGCAGAGGGCGUCGCUCUCCCCGAGCCUGCCAGCCUCAGGCUACCGGAAGGGCAGCUCUGUCCGCCGGCGGCGCUGCACUCGUCUCCUCUCUUCCGUUUCCGCUGUCCCCCUACAGUCAUGGCUGCCGCCGCCGCCGCCUCCGGCCCUGGGGCGCCCCUGUCCCCGGACGAAUUGCUUCCGAAAGGCGAUGCCGAGAAGACUGAAGAGGAGCUGGAAGAGGAGGACGACGAAGAGCUAGAUGAGACCCUGUCGGAGAGGCUCUGGGGUCUGACGGAGAUGUUCCCGGAGAGGGUCCGGUCCGCGGCUGGAGCCACUUUUGAUCUCUCUCUCUUUGUGGCUCAGAAAAUGUACAGGUUUUCCAGGGCAGCCUUGUGGAUUGGGACCACCUCCUUCAUGAUCCUGGUUCUUCCUGUCGUCUUUGAGACUGAGAAGUUGCAAAUGGAACAGCAGCAGCAACUGCAGCAACGGCAGAUACUUCUAGGGCCUAACACCGGGCUGUCAGGAGGAAUGCCAGGGGCUCUACCUUCACUUCCUGGAAAGCUCUAGAUUGUCACUGCUAUAUUUGACCUGUCUUGGUGGGCGAAGUUUGAAAAUUCAAUAGUGUUUGAACUGCUGAUUAUUUGGAAUUUCUUUUUAAACUUUGGCACAAUGAUCUAUCUAAACCUGGUGGGGAGAAUUCUCUCCACACUAUCUGAUGGAGAGAGCCCCCAACUUAGAACUGUGCCCUCCAUGCUCUCCUGAAUUAUUCUCUUUCACUCUGAUACCAGAGUGCAGCAAUGCAGACAGUUACUCCAGCUCUGGGCAUCCCACCCCUUCACUAAAUUACUCCUGACUGCAAGAUCUCCCCACUCUCCCAUUGUGGGGUAGGAACUGAUGCCAUUGGGAAGGAUGUACCCCUGACCAUAGGUGACUGUUUUGUUUUGAAGAAUGGAGCUGUCAGGGAGGGCCAUGCACACACUAUAAGAUACAAACGCGUUACAGCUGUAGUGUAAAAGCAGCCACUGUGAAUCUCGAUGUAGGUUGGAAAGGAGGGAGGGCCGGCAGCAGCUUUGACCACAGGACGGGGACUGUGGAGGACAGAGCAGGAGCUCAUUUCCUCUGCACAUUUUGGCUAUUAGACCUGUGUGCGAGUCUAAAAGAGAAAAAAAGGUUAGUGCUCACUUUUUGUAUUUAAAUAUUAAAAAUGAUUCCACCCAGAA